GUGAGCGUGAGUGCAAAACUACUAAUUGAAAAGCAAGAGAAGCCGGUUUUGUUUGCCGGUGCCGGUCAGGUAUAUGUGUCCAUUUUUUAUUCACCAACGAUUAAAAUUUAUCGUUCACGUUUAUACAGUAAUACAACGAUAUAUAUAGAUUGAAAAAUGUCCUUGCCAAUAAGCAAUGAACACUUAUCUCAACUCAAAGCUUUCAUUGAGUUAUGCGUCAAGCAGCCAUCAAUCAUCAAUCAUCCUCAACUAGAAUUUUUUAAAAAUUUUAUAUUGAAGAUGGGUGGAAAAAUCCCAGAGCAGCAAAAAACAACAACAGAUGAAGAUACAAAUGAGUCUUUAAAAGAGCCAGAAGUGGAAGAAGAAGACAAGCCAGACAGUGAGCCAGAAAGUGAUUUGGAGUUAGAUAUGUCUGGAGUCAUUGAACCAGAUGAUGAUAAACCACAUGAGAUGGGAGAUUAUAAUCUGCAACCAACUGAAGAACAAAUAGAACAAUCUUCAGAUAAGCGCUCAGACGCUGUGUCUGCAUUUGUUGAGAAAGAUUAUAAUAAGGCUAUUAAAUUGUAUACAGAAGCUAUACUGCUCAAUCCACAAGCUUCACUUUUGUAUGCCAAGCGAGGACAAGUAUAUUUGUUAUUGAAUAAGCCAAAUGCUUGUAUUCGAGACUGCAUUCGAGCUUUGGAACUAAACCCUGAUAGCGCAGCAGCUCACAAAUUCCGUGGAAGGGCUUAUCAUCUUCUUGGCAAGUGGGAAGAAGCUGCUAAUGACUUGAGAUUGGCUUGUAAAUUUGAUUUCGAUGAACAAGCUGAUGAGUGGUUGAAAGAAGUUACACCAAAUGCUCGCAAGAUCGAGGAGUACAAGCGCAAGAAAGAGCGCAAGGCCUUGGAAAGGCUGGAGCGCGAGAAGCUCCAGCGCCUGAAGAAAAUGCGCGAAGCGCAGGCAAAGGCGCGGGAAGACAGUACCAGGCAGCAGCAACAGCAGCAACAGGCUUCUAAUGAUUCCGAGAGCUUUGCUGGAUCGGCCGGAGCCGGAGCUUCGCCGUUCGCGCAAUUCUUGAACGACCCGGACAUACUCACGGCUUUCCAGGAUCCAGAAGUGGCGGCGGCAUUUAAGGACAUCUCGACAAAUCCAAGUAACAUCUUCAAGUACCAGAGCAAUCCCAAGGUGAUGGCAUUGAUCAACAAGGUUUCCUCCAAGUUUGGCGGCGCCGGCGGCCUCGGUGGCAUGAUGGGAGGCAUGCCUGGCGGUCCCGGCAAUCGUAUGCCGGGAAUGGGUGGCUUUGGGGCCGCCUCCGCUCAGCCACCGCCCACUCAAACGCAUCCCGAAGCUGACGAUUUUAAUCUCGAUUAGACCGUCCUAUAGUCGAACGAGCACAUCUGCCGACUCGCCUUCACCACCUUAUUGCAGAUACAAGCGAACAGACGUAAACAGUUGAGCUUCUGUUAGCGGUAACAGAUUUUUCCAAACCAGAAGAAUGCAAAUAAUAGGCGCUUCGUUACUAAACUGUUCGUUCUCACUUCGGUCGAUGUUGCAUUUAUUAUUUUUUUGACACGAACCUUCAUAAUCUAAAACAGGGCGUGCUCGUUUUCGUUGUUUCUUUCUUUUUUUUACAUACAAAACUUAUAGUUUAUGUACAAGCGAUUCUUUAUUUUCUCCAAUGUUAGUGCCUACUGUCAAACAAUUUGAUAAAUAAUGUUCAGCAUCAAUGAAGAAAUGUCUUUAACAAGUACUAUGAAAAAUGUAAAAUGACACAUGGACAACAGAUUUAUUAUAAAAGACAUCAAAUCUCUUACAAGAGUUGUAUUUUUGAUCCGAAUCACAGACUGAUGAAUAACCUAUCUCUUGACAUUUAUCGAUAUUACAUUACUAUCUAUUUGUCUAUGUAUUACAUAUGGAGGCCAAUUUUUUGAAUAAAUACAUGAAUAAAAUCAUGGGAUCUCUUAAUUCGUUGUAACAAUUAUAUAAAAUAUGUACAUAAAUUUCCUUGUCUACAUUUAUCAAAAAUACUGUAAUCAGUUCUGAUGCGAUUGUAUAAUAAAUAAAGUACACUCAUGAAGAGCACGUAAAAUGGCUGAUUAGCAAAAAUUACACCAAUCUUGAUCAGCAUCUUAAAAGAUAAAACGGACUUACAACAGUUUUCUCGUCAAAUUUGCCUGUAGCUUUGAAGUGUUUUAAAAAUGGACCAAAAUGAAUCUUCGUACAACCUUGGUUAAUACUGUUCCGAUUGGAUUACGAAUCAACAUUACCAAAUCGGAAAUUCAUCUAUGGAAAGUCUAAAAUUCGAUUCAAUACGCAACGAGUUUUCAUUUUUUGCCUGAUAAUGGUUAACGACUACACCUUAGUCAUAGCAAGCAGCAUCGACUGACAGAAAAACCGACAAUUUUGCAGGCAUGAUCGUGCCUCGUUUUGCGAGAUUCCAAAAAAUUGUAUGUGUCGUACGUCACGUAGUGCAGACUCUACGAGUUAAUUGAUUUGAAUAUUUGUCGUCUUAACCGACUGGACACACUGAUGCCAAAUACGUCGAUAUUGAAAAAGAGUGUUACAACAUUUUUAAUAUACGUGGUGCAGAGCUAAAGGGAAAUACGCAAAGUUGGUUUAAAAUAUCGUGAAAAGAAAACGCGAAUUGUCAUCGGCUUUGCUACCGCAGCAUGACAGUGGUGGCAUAUUUUCCAGGGUUAUCUCGAUCGCGCGUCGGCUGUAGAGGAGCGUGGAAACUAAACGGAUAAUACAUUCUGUUCAGACUCGUCUGAUCUUGAGCAUGUGCAGGUUGGGGUGCCAUGGCACUUUGCGAAAGGUUGGGUUGGUCGCGACCGGGCUGCCGC